UCACAAAAUAAAAGUGACGAAUUUGUGACAAAACAUCUGCAAAACAUCCACAAAAAAAGCUCUGAAAUGUCCGAUCUUUGAAUUUAUCUUGCGGCCGUAUUGAGUUCAAUAGUUUCCUGGCUCAGCUAUUUAGUUAGUUGUCAAAGGCCUAAAAUAUAAAUAGUUGUGGUUCCAGUAUUAUGCCACCACAAAGACAGGGUAAGGGUAGUGUAACUGUUUUUACAAUGGCUGAAGCUGCAGAAGGCAUCGCUAGGGAAGAUAGCCCGAACAGACAGACAGCAACUUUAGCUAUGGCUGUAUCUGAUGGGAUGGAGGCAACAAACAGUGAUUUGAAGGAUGGUAACAUAGGGAUAUUAAAAGGCCCCCUGCCUUAUGGAGGACCAAUUGCACUUCCAUACCCAUCUUGGAACAACUCGUUCGGUAAUGAAGUGGAAGUGGAGAAGCACAUAAGAGAUGCGAAUGCUGUACAAGGCUCCUGCGGCCUCUACAACCUGGGCAACAUCUGCUUCAUGAAUGCUGGCCUCCAGUGUCUCUUGGCCAAUUCAAACUUCAUGAAAUUCUUCCUUGAUGACUACCAACCCAUUGAACACUACGAGACAUUGACGGCUAAGUUUGCCGAACUUUGCAGAAUGGUUUGGAGCUCAAACUACGUUCAGAUUCAUCCGAAAUUUUUCAAGGAGACUUUGGGGAAUUAUCACCCACAAUUUCAAAACAGCCGGCAACACGAUUGUCAGGAGUUCCUUGCAUUAAUAUUGGAUGACUUGCAUGAAGAGCUGAAUCAGGCUAAAUUAAACCGAUUUGGUAAUGUGUUUGCAACGUUCGGUGAAAAACCCGCAUCUGAGAAGGUUACCGAGGUGUCUGUUCUGCCACCGGAGGAGGAUUCUCAAGAUAUCUUGGAGGUGACGGCUAAUCAGUCAGACAUAACCGAAGGGGAGGAGCGUUCUAGUCACAGCCACUCGGUGUCGCCAGUAGAGCACCAGUGUAUAUCUGAAGAGAGUAAUCAGUCGGGAGAAGUGGCCACGCGCUUCAAGGCGCUGCCUCAGAAUGUGCAGGGUUUUAAAACUGGGACGGUUGUCGAGGAGAGUUUAGCUAAGGCUAAAGAGCAGGAGGAGGAUUUGAGUACGUUUUGUAAGAUGCUACGAAAGGGAAGCGAGUCACCGCCAGAGGUGAACGAGAAAGCAGUUAAUAUCAAUACCAGUUUGGGUAUUAGCGCUGCGACGGAUCACAACAAAGAAUCGGACUCAUUCAAAUUUGAGAGAAACUUCACCUGUGUGCCGAGCACUUCGGGGCAAAAUUUGAAUAUUCAUUCGAUCGAGACGUUCUACAUGAAAGAUACGAAAACGAAGAAUGUGAAUGUCUUGGCAACGGAAUUCAUGGAGGAAGAAAUCAAGACUGACUCGGAAAAAUUUCCACGCCAAGAAACUGUUGCCCCUAACUCUGUUGAUUUAAUGGACGAAAUGAUUGACAUUGACAUGUACCAAGAAUCGGCAAAGGGCGACAGUUACAAAGAGACGAACGAAAACAUUAACGUUUUACCCGUCGAGAGAAAAAAUAGUGAGAAAGGCGGCCUCCAUAGGAAAAAUCUCAAAUGUGAACUCGACCCGGACGAAACUAGCAUCAAUAAUAUCAAGCGCAUCAAGAUUGAUGAGGACCAGAAGAAUUUUAAACUGGAACAGUUGAAGAAAGUCAACACAGAUAAGAAUCAGUGCGUUACUACUAGUCCGCAUCAUAGUAACGUAGAUGAUGUUGCCUGUUGUUCGACACCUGUAGCUGAUGCCGGCGCCACCUAUCAGGGCCCGAUGUGGCAGGCGUUGAUGGAGAAGGAAGCUAACAAAGAGUGGGAGAAGUACACGGAGAGAAACUGGAGUAUUAUUGUGGAUACGUUCCAGGGGCAGUAUCGAAAUAUGGUGGUCUGUCAGGCGUGUCAACAUGUGUCUGUGACGUACGAGCCCUUCAUGUACCUGACAGUACCUCUGCCACAUGCUAUGGAGAAACAAAUUUGUGUAACUUUCAAGUACAACAAGCCACGCCCUCCCACCAGGUUCUUGGUGACUGUCAACAAGAGUGGCAACAUCGGCAAACUGCGGCAGGAACUCAUGUCUCUGGUCAGGAAAGAUGGCGUAGAGGGAGAGGUGGUGCUGGCAGAGGUGUAUGAGAAUCAUAUAUCACGAGUAUUGGAGGAUCACUUUCUCAUUCGCUAUCUAAGGGAAAGACGGACGGUUUACGCUUUCGAAAUGGGCCCAGCCCCGGCAACGGAGGACAGUGCCACCUCCACAGAUAUUGACACUAACAAGACAAUCACAACAAUGAAAAACGACAUCUCCUCCGGGUGCCAGAUCGCUGGACCAAUGGGAACGAGUCUGGAUGAUAACGACGACGAUCUCUUCACAUUUGAGGAGAAUCGGUCAAAUAAAGACCCGAAUGAAGAGGAUGGUGAUUACACGGAUAUGACGCCAUUGUUUCAAGAUUCCGAUGACGAAAAUGCGCGACGUCGUGAAAAUGAUAACUUGUUGUUGAACAAUAUGACUGUUUCAUCGACUGAUGUGAGCAUGGGCACUUACGAAAUCGGUUACUGGAACAAUGACGUAGGCACGUCAGCCGAUUAUUCGGGCGGUGCGAGCACUGAUGUGGGCGCUGGUUGUAGUGCGACGGCAGACCAGUGGAAGUCGUGCACGAUCUGUCUUGAGGAGAUGACCGAUAGUGAUCUGAUGGUCCAUACAUCAUGUGGUGGUACGCUUUGUCAGAGUUGUCUAGACAUGUCCAUCAAGCAUUAUGGUGAGAUGGCCUUUUCCUGCCCUGUCUGUUCACUGACAGUUGACCCCACAGAAGAAUUUGUUCCACUUUCCUCAGGUUACAAGCCAAAAAUCAGGAUUCUGACCAUUCCAGUAGUGUUUCGCUAUGAUCACACAGAAGAGGACGGCCUGGUGAAGUCUGACCUGUUCGGGCACCCAGCGCUGCAGUACUUCCCUAACUGUAUGACAGGAGAAGAGCUACGGGCCUUGGUGAAUCCUCUGGUACCGUUCAAAGCCGAGUACAAGAUAUUAUUUGUUGAUGGACAGGGCCUACAUUGCUCAAGGUGCCUCUACCACGAACACUGCAGGGGCUGCACGGUGGACUUGGAGAGUGACGUCAACAUCCUACCUGGAGACCAUCUUGCUUUAUCAUUCGCUGACAUCCCCGUGGAACUACGAGAUUUGGCUAGUCAUGUGACGGACGAUGAGAGCCUGGUGUCCCUCCGCCCAAAUCAGACUUUGACGCUCUACGACUGUCUCAGGGCAUUUACACAAAGUGAGGUGCUUGACGAGCAUAACCCCUGGUUCUGUCCACGCUGCCGCAUGAAUCAAAGAGCCAACAAAACAAUAUCACUGUGGAGGUACCCCGACUGGGUCAUCAUCUAUUUGAAGAGAUUCGUGUUCCAUGACCUGUCGAGCAGCAAGAUUGACAACAAGGUCUCGUUCCCGCUGGAGAAUCUAGACCUUCAUGACUACCUCUCUGGUCCAGCCAACAAGGAGUUACUCUACGACCUCAAGGGAUGUGUCUGUCAUUUUGGAGGCGUCAAUUCCGGUCAUUACACUGCCUACACGAAGCACCCUGUUACCGAUACCUGGCAUUAUUACAAUGAUGAGGCGGUCACCCUUCAAGAGCCCCAGUCAGAAGAUUAUGGCAACGCGUACAUCCUCUUCUAUCAGAGAAAAGGAUCGGGAGUUGACCUGUCAAAGUCGGAGAAGCGGUUUAUGGAAGCACCAGAAACAGCCAACAAUCUACCAGGGACAAUUUAUUUAAACGAUGACCAGCCUGGGCAUGCCAAUCUAGACUUUUACUCCUGAAAACGUCAUCGAGAUGAAGGCAUAUCUUCACGCCAGGAGAUUGAAAUACGAUCCAGUCAUACAUUCUCUAAACUCAGGCUCAUAUCAAGUUGAUCUGAAACUCCAAUACAAGCCAAGCGAGCUUACGAAAACUAAUGUGAUUCAUGCCUUUAUUACAGACUGAACAAUGCUGUGGCUUCACUGUUGUUAACUUGAUAUACACGUUGGAAUUUCGAUCAACUUGUGUCGUGGUAGGCUUACCAUUUAAAUUUGCAGUCAUUGUAAGCCUGGAAGCUUUCCUGAAUGUUUCAUUUUCACUUUGAAAAAGAUUAGUGCAAACAAUGGUCCACGCCCCCGUGGUUUGGGGUUUUCUGCUUAAUUGCCUGUUUGCUAGUCUGCACAGAAUGACUUGUAAAGACAAUUGUCGUCAUUCAGAUUUGGUAUGUGUUUCUGUGAUCUGUAAUAUUCUGUGCUAUUUUCAUGCCUAAUUUUGUAGUGAUGGUUGUCUAUUGCAGGGCCAGUCUCCUCACGAACAUUUGCUGUUAUAUUGGCUUACAAAUGCAUAUCCUAGGUAUUGAAAUUUACAUGGGUAGGUUUGUUAUUUUGAUCACAAUGAAAAUCAAGAUUUUUUCAAAUUUACAUUAUUGGUGUCGAGUGGUUUAGGCCUUGGGGUCGGAGGGUUCUGGGGGUCACUGCUUUUGGUGCUUCAAACUGAGUGCAGUUUUGGAGCUUGUCCUACCUGUAAAGAAAUAAUGCAGCUAUUUUUCUUAGAAGUGUACCCCCUUUCCUGUUGUGAGAGAUGUUUCAAGCAUAUCCAUACAUAGACACUUUGUGUAUUCAAUGUUGUAGAGCCUAAGAUAUCCAAGAGUACAGUACUGAAAUACCCCUUUAUAUUUACAUGUAAUAUUGAGUUAAGUAGACAUUGUAGGAUUGUGAGCCAGCUUCGAGGUAAUUUGUAAAAUAUUUUAGUAAAAAUAUUUUCAACAUUGUGGUGUUUUUAAACCUGUAUUCCGCCUGCUGGCACUGAAGAUAACAACGAACGUCAGGGUGUCCAAAAGUUAUCGUUAAUUUGAAGAUUUAACUCUACAGUCAUCGAUGAUAAUUGUAAUUUUCGCUCUUUUUUUGCAUGUCUUGCCUCAGCUGUGUGGUACCUUGCAGAUUUAUUUAUUGAAAACCAAUCUACCGAGUGUGACUUGAUAUGUUUAAUAUUUUCAAAGGGAGACUAAAGGCAGGUGCCAAAUUUGAACCUCCCUUAGUGGACACCUCUCUAUUAAGGACAACCUCUCUAAUAAGGACACUACUUUUGGUCCCAAAUUGGUUGUUUCCAUUCAAUUUGACCUCUCUAAUCAGGUCACCUCUCUAUUAAGGACAGCACUUUUCAGUCCCAAGGGUGUCCUUAAUAGAGAGGUUCUACUGUAUACAAAGUUGUCAAUAGUUGUCUCAACAUUCAAACUGUAUAUCAGCACUCUUCACACCUUAAAGUUUUUUCACCAAGUCAAACAAGACGAGUUCUCCAACUUUGCUUCUUAGUCACCUUAACAUCACCAAUUGGACCAAUAGUUCCUGCCUUAUAGACCCCCUUCAACAAUCAGUGUCAUCUUCUGGCAUUUGUAAAUUGUGAAUUUGUCGCGACUGCAAGUCAUGGUCCACAUAGUCUGCUCAGAAGAAAUUCAGCUUUAUGAACCAGUGUUCUGAUCAGCAUUACACUGACUCUAGCCGUAGCUCCUGUGCUCAAUCAUUUUGUAAACACCUCUUGCUAUCAUGUUUUGGGAACGGAUAUCAUGUGACAUUAAGGUGUCUUUAUUGUGAUAUUGUAAUGUUCAAGAUUUCAUAAAUUACCAAUCUGGUUAAAGUUUUCGAUACUGUGUCUCAGUUUGUGAAAUGAAGGAAGAUCUGUUCGGAGGUCCUCCAUUAAGUAUAGACGUGCACAUGACAGGUAUACUGGGUGACACAAAAAAGAUUAACAACCUUGAUUUGAUGUCUACAUACUUAGUGGAUGACCUAAAAGUGUCUUAAAUCUAUGUACCAAAGAACCUUUUAUAUCAAAAAAGGGUUUAUUAGUAAAAUAAUUUCCGGAA